AUGUCCGGCAAGGGCGCGCGCGAGGCCGUCUUCCCCACGCGCAUGACGCUCAACGUGACGAAGCAGCGUCUGAAGGGUGCACAAACGGGGCAUUCGCUGCUGAAGCGCAAGGCCGACGCCCUCACCAAGCGCUUCCGCACCAUCACGCACAAGAUCGACGCCGCCAAGCGCAAGAUGGGCCGCGUCAUGCAGCUCGCCGCCUUCAGUCUCGCAGAGGUGCAGUACGCCACUGGAGAUGUCGGAUUCGUGAUUCGGGAGAGCGUCAAGAACGCAAGCUUUAAGGUGCACGCCAGGCAGGAAAACGUCUCCGGCGUCUUCCUCCCUGCCUUUGAGGCCGUCACCGCGGAGAAGGGCACGGGACAGGGUGAGUGGUGGCAGCGCAGAGAGGUGCGGGCCGCUGAGGAGAUGAGCGUUGGAAUGAGACGCCGGUGGGGGAGCGGGCAGAGGUCGAAUGGUGCGACGGGCCCCGCUAGCGAGCGAGCGAGAGAGAGAGGAGUACAAUCGACGAAAAGCAGUUUGCAAGCACACACCCCUCUCUGCGCUUGCCCCUUUUCACGCGUGCUCGACGAGAUGGAUCGCGAGGAGUUUUUCCGGCUGAAAAAGGUGCAGGGCAAGAAGAAGCGCAACGCGGAGCGCGCCGAGACGGAGCGGCGCGCGGCGGCGAUGCGUGGCGAGGCGGUCGACGAGGGAUCGGGCGAGGCGGAGGGCAAGAAGAAGGGAGCAGGAGGAGACAUGCUCGGAGGCGGCAAGGACGAGGAUGUGAUUUUCUAG